ACUCAGACAUGAACUGGGACAAUCAGCUGAGCUCCAUCCUGUCAGUAGCAGAUGGCAGCGUUGCAAAGAUGAGGGAGAGACUAGCGUCACCUGGGAAAUUCUCCAAAGGAGGAGAAGAUCUGUUUCCAGCGAGGGAGAGGGUUCGUGAGUCAGAUCUGGACCCUCCUGCUCUUCCCCCUCGAGCCCCUCUUCAUCGACAGCCAUCCCCAUCUCUCAGUCCUGGUGUUCAGUGGGCGGACAUCGCUUCGAUCCAGUCACAGCUCCAGAUUCAGAGCCAGGCGAUAGAGUCCCUCACCCAGAAACUUCAUGACGUGGAAAGAGAGAGACAAUCUCAGCGAUGUCACAUUCAGACGCUACAAGAGGAAGUUCACAGGCUGCGCGAGGAGCUGAGGGAGCGGGAGAUGGAGAGGGAGGAAUCGAGGAGGGGACAGAGUCCGGGAGCGGAGAGAAGGAUGGAGCAGUGGAGGAGAGAGGUUGGGCGUGAGCUGAGCAGUCUGCGGGGACACAUCACCCGAGCCACGUCGCUAGGCAACCUGGAGGAGAGUUUCAGCUCAAAGAUCCACCGAGAGGAGCUGGAACACCUGCGGAGAGAGUUGGACCAACUGAAAACACGGCUAAGGAGGCAGGAGGAAGACGUGUUCCUCCAGCAGGCGGAGGCCAGAGAGACCAGGAGACAGUACGAACGCAGCUGCAAGACGCUGGAGGAGCUGACAGACAGCUACAGAACUCACAGCACUGAUCUGACAAAGACGCUCUCUCAGUAUUCUCACACACAGCAAGAGGUCCGUCAGAUCAGGAUGGUUGUGUCAGAGCUGAAGGAUGAGGUCCAGAGCCUCGUCCUCCAAGAACCAGCACCUUUGCCGUCAGCACACACAUCAGGGGCCUCACCACUCCCGCUCCCUCACAGCCACAGCAGAGUUGUCAGAGUUGAAGAGGCAGAGUCAGACUCCGAAGACUUUAGCCCGACUCCGAGCCUGGCCGAGGUCAGCUCGGAUGAUCUGUCAUGGCUGGAUGAAAAAGAUCCUGCUCUUCAUCAGAAGCCACGAGUACGUCUGAGUGUUCAGUCCAGACGGAGCGACUUCGCUGGUCCAGGAUCAGAUCUGGAGGAUGAUGAAGAUGAAGACGAUGGUGCUGAUCUUCUUGAUGACGAUGUGAAUCCAGACUUAGGAUCUGACAUAAGUCUUAACGACCUCUGAACUUUUGUACUGUGAAGUUUUUGAUGGAGGUGAGAACUUGAGAUUCAACAAAGACAUUUCUUCUUACCAGUCGACUGCACUACCAGUGACAAAUAAAUACUUUUAAACUGACUUGAUUUUACCAGUACAGUUCAGACAUACAGCUCUGUUUUGAACCCCAAAUUUUUUUAAAAAUAGCAACAGUCAAGAUAACACAAACAGCCAUAUGGCUUAUUUCCUUUUUGCUCCCACGAGAAGGGAAAAGAAAACAAAGGAUGGCAAGCAGCAGACUUGGCAUAGACACUGAGGCACAUACAUAUAACAAUAAGUAAUUAAAUCAUCCUACUUAGUAUUAUUACUGUUGCUUAACAGACCUGCUUGGAUAAGAUAAGAUGUGUUAGACAUAGUUCAUACAUUUUUGGGAAAACUUUCUGUUAUUGUGGGAAAUUCUUAGAUGCUAUUUUUAAACCGUUAUUUGCAAGAGAACCAGAAGAGUUGAACUCAGGACAAAUCACACAGUAUCAGACAAGUAUUUUUUUUUUUUAAUUGAUACACACUCAAACCCUUGCAAACAUAUUUGGCUCAAACAAAUCACCUAAAUAUUUAACAAACGCUAACUCAUUCAUGUCAGCUUCUUUAAAAUGCUAUUCUUCAAAGCGUUGUUAUCCCGUCUGCCUAUCUGCUACAGUUUAGGACUGUAAAGUCCCCACAGAUUCUCUUUAAAUAAUAUCCCGUAACUGUCUCCACAUGUACGGACUGAUAGGUUGCUGGGAACAAACUGUGGAGUCAGGCAGCUGUUUAAAGAAGUCUUUGUAAGAGCUUCUCAUUCAAAAACAACUUGUUUCAUGUUGGUGCCAGCUAAAAAAAAAAAAAAAAAGCGCUUUUGUAAAGUGCAUUAUUUCUAAGUGUAAGCCAUCCAAAGAAUAUAAUGUUUUAAUUGUUGCCACACCCUCUGCUCUCAUGUUGCUCUCUACUGACAAUAAAUUAUGGGUCCUACUAGAGUUAAGGGCAGCGCUUGGUCCGCUGAACCACAAGGUUUGGCUUUAGGCGGGAUGAGAUUAAAAAUAGUUAUGUUUAGGUCUGUUAUGAUUGCAGAUUGUUGGGGUUAGGUAAAGGUUUGAUGUGGGCAGGACUUUAAUCUUUGCCCAGAGCUACAGUGGGAUCCAUAAAGAGACACAACUCAACACUUUGUUUUGUGGAGCACGGCAGACUGAGAACCUAUUGUGCAGUGGUCGUACAACUUUCUCUUUUACAAGCUUUGAUCACUUUAUGUACAGUAUUUCAUCAGGUGUAAUUAUCCACAGUAACUGAGCUUUUAAGUCCCUCUCUGGGCAUUGAUUUAACCCCGAAAAGCUCAUCUCAGUGUGUCAAAGUUACAUAUUUGGAAAGUUGUUUUUUUUCCAUGAAAAUAAUCCCUUCCUGCCUAAAAAUGGCCUAGAUGUAACUCUACACUGUUGCUUCUGCAGAGAUCUAUAAAUUCUCCAGCUCUCUGUCCAUUCAGCCUUCUCCACUUUCUGCAGCUCGAGCACUCCAGCUCACCUACAGCUCUGCUAAAACACUGUGAAAAUGCUCUCUGUUACACAAUGGUAAGUGAAAAUAUUGUAGUAAUUGAAUCAUACAUCCUUGAAAUAGAAAGAAUAAAGAAGACUAACAAUACAGAAUGAUCCAGCCUGCACGUUGACAGGAUUGAUUCCUUUUGUUUGUUAUGCUGAUUUGUAAAACCGGUUGUCUGUGUUUUUGAGAUUUUCGUCACUACCCUGCAGUUUUUAGGUGGAAAUGCUCAGCCAGGGUGUUGAUGUGUCUUCGAGCAUUUGAAAAACUCUGUAUAGAAAUGUUAGCAAGGUUAAAAAUUGGAUUUUCACUGGAGCAGGUCUUUUUAAAGUUCGGGUGAUCAUGGCUGGCACUGUAUCAAAAGUUACUGCUCAUUCUUCAAUGUGGCAGAGUAAUGGAUAUUUAAUAGGGUUUCCAUCCUGCCAUAAUGCACUCUUCAGUCCAGAAGGAAUCUGAUGAGGGAUGGGGUUUUGGUUCCUGGUAAUGCAGCUGAAGUGACGGCAAAGAGGAAUCAAAAGCCAUUACCGUUAUCAAGGCGCCAAUGCUCCACCACCUCCACUGCGAUCUUCAUGUACACAGAGCUCAGUUAAGACAGUCGAGGGUCCCUUUAUGCCGUCAUGUCUGACAUGAAUCACACAGUGCCAGGCGAGGUGUCAAGCUGUUAAAUAUUUCAGCUUCCAGACACCCCCCAUCAAGGAUCCCAGACCACAGUGCAGAGCUGCAGGGAGCUGACAGGCGGGGUAGCUGUUCAGUGGGGUGCAUAUAUGGAGGCUUAGGUGGUAAAAUUGACCGCACACACUAUUCAGCUCAUGUAACAAGAGGGAUUGUCUCACUGGUCUAUGGUGAGCAAUAAAAGACCUUCUAGAAAACAGUAAAUGACACAGAGCAGAACAUAACAUUUUCACAAACCUCCUCUAACACCAUCCUUGUGAAACCGUUAAUGUUGUGGUUGGAGGGAUGCUUAAUGAAGAAAAGGCUCAUCUAUUUGUCAUGUGGUCACAUAAUGGCUGAUGAAUCAGACCUUUUUACUGCCGUUUUAUGGCAUUUGCCAAGUAUUGUGCAGUGGUGCUGCAGUAAAGCAGUGCAUUGAUUCAUUCACUGAAGAUCUGUAAAAGAAUUGUUUUGUGUCUUGUCUCCAACAAUAAAAGUCUGUGUUAGAAGAGAAGAGCUUGAUUUUUCUGUUGUGGCCUCCAAGGAUCAGUGUCGUGUUUCUGAUUGUGCUUUUGUUGGCACUGAGGUCAAGAGUUGUUUACAACAGAGGUCUAAAAUGGGAGGAUGAGGAAAUAUGAAGGAGAUGGUUCCAAAAUACCUUUAAUCAUAAAUCAACAGUCCAUAAUCCACAUCUGGCAGCAAAGCCUCAUUCAUCAUUAUUUGAACACAUAGAGAAA